GCUGUAUCAUUCCUCUCCUUUUAAACGAUUCUCUUCUUCCUCUGUUAAGCGACUUUGCUCUUCGUUGUAUCUCUCGAACUCAACUUCUCAAAUCUCGCCAUCAUUCAAUCCCUCGGGGUUUUACUAGGGUUAAACCCUAAAUCCAUGAACGUAUCCCUUAUUACCCCUUCUUUCCUUAACAUUUAUCAUUUCCUCUCCAGCUAGGGUUCUUUCGGUGAUCGAUUGGUGUUGGAUACUCUUCCAGAUUUCGGUUUCUGUGGUCUCGUCGCUUCGAUUAUUUCUUUUAUGGUGUUUCAAUGUUCAGUUGCGUUUCUGUACCCUGGAAUGUAAAGGCAACCAGUCGGGAUAUUAGCAAUGAAUAGGUGAUUAUCGGCCAGAGAAUGGUACUUUUGCAUGUGCUUUCUCAGGUGAAGUGAUAUGAGGUGUUGAAUAUGAGCCAUGGAGGUGGGGAGAGUGGAAGAGUGCAUGAAAAAUCACAACAUGCAAAGAGAAAAACUGGUGCAAGUGGUGAUGAAUUUUCCCAAGCAAUUGCAAAAAUUGCUGUAGCACAAAUAUGUGAGGGUGCUGGGUUUCAGAGUUUUCAGCAGUCUGCUCUUGAAAUACUCUCUGACGUCACUGUCCAAUAUAUAAGCAAUCUAGGGAAGCUUUCCCAAUCCUAUGCCAAUUUAGCAGGCAGAACAGACGUUAAUGCUUUUGAUAUUAUUCAAGGAUUGGAAGAGUUUGGCUCUUUACAGGGCUAUGGCGGUGCUUCUGAUAUUGAUCAUUGUAUUGCAAGUUCAGGUACAGUUAGGGAACUUGUUCAGUAUGUUACUGAAGCAGAGCAUAUCCCAUUUGCCUAUUCUAUUCCUCCUUUCCCUGUUGUUAGAGAAAGGAGACCAUGCCCAAGUUUUGUGCAAAUUGGUGAGGAGCCACCUGGGGAUCACAUUCCAGCUUGGUUGCCUGCAUUUCCCGAUCCUCAAACUUAUGUUAAGUCAUCCACUGAGAAUGAAGGAGCUGCUGAUUGUAACACACGGAAGAUUGAGCUUGCACAGGUACAGACAGAGACUGAUAGGUCUCUACUGAACUUGCAGAAUUUUAUUUGCAAUGGGUCAGGGGGUCCUUCCUCUUUUGCUCAUGGUGGUGGUUCUGAGGCAAAGCUAGCAGUUGAAGGUAACCCAUUUCUUGCUGCUCCAUUACAGUUUGGAGAGAAGGAAGUGUCCCAUGUUGUUCCUCCAGCUAAGUUUUCAAAUGAAGCUGCUGUGAAAAAUCCUACUAAUCAAAAUUUUCCUCUAGAUAAUCAUGUCUCAGUGCUGGAUACAUUUGCUCCAGCUAUUGAAGCAAUGAAGAGCAGUUUAUGUGAUUCUGAGGAGGGUCAGAAGAAGGUUCUUUUGAAUCCAAGACCCGCUGUGCAAUUUAAAAUUGGGGCAGGCAAGAAGACCUUGGGUACAGCACUAGAUUUCAGCUCACAUAACAAGGGUGUGGAGAAAAUCAGCCCAUGGUCUGGAAAAUAUGAUGAGAAGGAUGAUAAGAAAAAGAGGGCUGAGAAAAUUCUGAAACAGUCUAUGCAGAACCCAGGGGAACUGGCUCAGUUGUAAAUUAGGUUUGGUUAGAAUCUGUAUACUUGUUUAGGAAACUAGAAGCAGAAGCUGGUUCCAAGGUAGUUAAAGUCAGGGAGGGCCUUUUGGUUGCCAGCAUAUGGCUUUACAAGUGGAUUACAGACUGUGAUGGGGAAUUGCUCCCGCUUCAACAGAUUUUUGGAGGUAUGUCCGUAUCAAUUUGUCAUCGUACACCCUUGUUAGUGAAUGAUUCUUUUUAGUUGAAAUUCUUGUUUCUUCUUAUGUGCUUCGAUACUGAAAUGGGACAUGGAUAAUGCCACUUCUGCUUACACUAUUUUUGCUCAACGCGCCGUAAACAACGGAAGCAUAGCAUGGUGUGUAUUAAACAUAUUGUUAUUGAAGAGCUAGAUAAUUUUUUAUGAGCA